AUGCUCCCGAUGUGCCACGAGAAGCAGACCUUGCGUCUACGCCCCCGGCCCUCGGGUGAGAAUGGCACAAGCAGCGGACAGCAAACGCCUGUCGAUAGAGCUCCAGAUUUUAUUUCACCUCGAGGCAGUUCAGCCUGGGACCUACAAGGGAUCGCCUGGCCUAACAAUAGUCUCGACUUGCCCGUGGAUCUGCCUACGCCCUCGGCUUUCUUAGCCGCGGCUCAGCCGUCAGAGGCUGGCCAAGCCGAGCCGGACUCGGUGUACGAUUUCAUGCGUGGAGAAACCCUAGUUUCUCCACCCGACCUCGUUAACCGACCCAUGUCUGGUUCAAAAGCCUUGGACUCGAAUUUCACUCCACCCGCAGAGUCAAACCUUCGUGGCUUGGUGCAUCUCGUGUGCCAAUACCCCCACUCGCUCCUUCGCGAUGAAUUUUGUACUCCCUUCCUCCAUCAGGGACUGUAUGAUGAAGACACCCCCGACAUAACAACGCUAGAAAGAACCUCCAUGGCCAUUUGCUGCGGAGCUGCUAUGGAGGCGCCGGACGGAGCGCGCUUCACCAGACGCACAAUGGAUGUGGAGCGACGUAGGUUGAUUGAUGCUUAUCCAUCUUACCAAUGCAUGCGGCAAUGGGAUGCACUGCACGCCAUGCUAAUAUAUGAACUUUUGGAAAUGAAAGCAUCGUCACAACAAGAAACCGAGAGCUGGAAGCAGAAGCCGAAAGCGAAAGGUCUGAAAUCGCCCUUCCUUGCUAAAAUGACUCGAUAUUUUACCCAAUGCCACCUUGAAACUCCCAGCGAAGAUCUCCUAGCACCCUUAGGUGUGUCACCUAUGCAGACUUUGGAGCAGUGGAGGGUUGCAGAAACAUCCCGACGGACUAUAUUCUUGGCCCAUAUCGUACAUUUCCUGAGCAAUUAUGAUUUCAAGAGCGGGAAACAAUCCAUAUAUUAUGAGCCGCUCGACGACUAUAUGUUUCUGAACUUGCCUUUACCUUCUAGUCAUGCUCUUUGGACGGCGCGGAACGAGCAAGAGUGGAAAUUUACCUUUGAGUUCCAGCAAAACAACAUCACUCCAAUGGUCAGUGACCCAUCCACGCCACACUCUCUGGGAGCGGCCGGCAUGACCCUUCAGCAUCUACUGUCAAAUUUCGAUAAAGAAUUUCUGCGGACGAGUUUUACUCGCACCGCUGGUUUUGGAGGGUCUGAUGAGUUGCGACAUCUGAUUGUCCUUUGCGCUCUGGAACAGCUCACUUGA